GCGUACACCAAAGUGACACGGCCGCGACCCAACAGCUGCACGAUCAAAGAAAGACGACGCAUUCGCUCGAGGCGUCGCUUCCAAGCUCGAGGAAUCCAGCUGCUGCUUCGGUCAGGUUGCGCCGACUCAAAUUUGUUCUACGAUAUCUGUGCGAGCUUUAACGCAGCGGCAACGUCGCCUGAUUGAAAUCGAAACAACAAAUUCUGAGGCGUCCUGGUUCACCAGCGGCCACCAUGACAGUCGCCAUUACAGACGUCGCGUACGUCAGCCUGCUUCUCAUCUCAGUCGUAGCAGGCAACUUUGUGCACCGCAUCAAGGAGGUGCGACACCGCCGGGUCUACUGCACCGCCCUGGGAGCCUUUCUGGUUCUGAUAGUGUCCGGCCGCCAUGCGGUGCACCCCUGCAUCGUCAGCGUUGUCAACGCCUUCAUCGUCACCACCUGCUCCCUCAAAUAUCGGGCAAAGGCAAGCUUUGUGUUCUGCUUCGGGUACCUUGCAUUCUUCAAGUAUCUGAAGUUGUGGAGCACUAACCCACCGCCAGGCAUCACCAACCUUGUCCAGAUGAUGCUCACACUACGAAUGGCAGGACUGGCCAUGGAACAGCAGAUCCUCCACGAGCAGCAUGAGGAAAAGAAGACUGAGAAGCAGACAUACGAAGAGGGCGACAUGAAGCCUGGCUUUUGGGACGUCAUUGACUAUGCCUUCUGCUACAUAGGCGUGCUCGUCGGCCCGUACUACCGGUAUCGGACAUACCGUGACUUCCUGAACGCCCCCUACUUGGAUUCGGUCAACCGCAAGGGCAUGUGCCUGAACCGUGUCAAGGUGGUGCCAAUAUAUGCGCUGCUUUGGCUGCUCUUCGUGCAGUUCUUCCCACCUGAUUACUUUGGCUCCGAGGACUUCUACCAACACGGACUGCUAUACAAGUUGCUGUACCUGACGCCCAUGUUCAUCAUCUUCCGGCUACGGAUUUACAUCGGUUUCGUGCUUGGCGAGUGUGUCUGCAUCAUGGCUGGUCUUGGCAUCUACCCGACCGAAUCAAAGGCAGCACCUGGGGUCGGCCCCACCGACAUCGACGCCCUGCUCAGUGUGUGGCAGGGCAGAAGUGGCGACUGGGCGAAGCAGGAGUUCGACUUCGAGACCGUACACAACAUUGACGAGGCACAGGCCGAACUGAGCACCACCAUGCGCAUGGGCAUCCGCAGCUGGAACCGCACCGUCCAGUACUGGCUGGCCGUCUACUUCUACAAGCGGCUGCUGCUGCCCAAACCACUCAGGACAAUGCUGACGAUGACCCUCAGCGCCAUCUGGCACGGACUCGAGCCGGGCUACUUCCUGUGCCUGGUCACCUCAACUGCUUACAUAGUGGGCGAGGAGCAGGUAGAAGUGCUGGUGGAGCGCCGGCGCUCCCUGGUGGCACGCCUCAUGGGGCGUCUCGUCCUCUGGUUCUGCAAGAUGCAGUCCUUCACGUACAUGCUGGCCGCUUUCCUCCUGCUCGACAUCCAGCGCACCUGGCAGUACUACCACUCCGUCUACUUCGUGGGCCACGCUUACGUCGCCGUGCUCCUGCUGUGGCGGUUCGUGGCACCGCUCCACCGGAUGCCGAGUGCCAAGCUCAAGCAGUAGGAAGCGCUGGCUCAAAGAGGAUGGUGCAGUGCACAGACUAACGGAGAGUUAUAGCCAAUGAGUAAUUUAUAAUAGUUAUUUAAUCCCA